ACAUCUGGGCGGUGCUGGGCUGGGCGGCAGGCCUAUGUAGCGGGGGACCAGAACGGGCCCUAAAUCUGGGACCUCGCCGGUAAUUUGUCCAGAUCGAGAUUUUCUUCCUGUAACCUCCGCAUCGAGCGCCGCCGGAAGAGGGCCGCCGCCUACCAAAUCGAGGGUUGUGGGGUAGGCCGGCGCCGCACCGGGCUGGUGUGAGCCGCCUACAGCGGCGAGAUCGAGCGCAACAGCCGCGUCGGGAAGGGCCGCCACUCCGUGAGGAACCGAGGGGAUGGAGUCCCCCGUGGCCAAGAAAGCGACGCAGCCAGAGGAGGAAGAUAGGUUGAGCGUGCUGAUGGAUGAUGUUUUACUGUCUAUCUUGCGGAAAGUCGACAUAAGCUCUGCUGUAAGGACGAGUUUGCUGUCAACACGGUGGAGGCAGCUGCCCUGGCUGCUGCCUGAGCUCAGCAUUGAUGUCAGGCAUUUCCUACCUGUUCCAUGCCCAUACUCGAUUGCGGCAAAUGACUGUCAGCAAGCUAUGGUGGCUCUAACCAAAGCAGCCAAGUGUUUAUUUGCUAAACCUCAGAGAAAAUCCACCAUCACAACACUGCAGCUUCAGCUCUACUUGAUCAGCACUUUCUUGAGCGACAUUGGCCCACUAUUAGGUGAUGCGAUUGACAGUGCUUUGCUGAAAGAUUUGGACCUUUGCCUUCUUGAUGAUCUGAAACCUGGUGACUCUUCUGAGCUGCACAUGCUACAGCUCGCCAAAGACAUGUAUGGUUUCUUCAAUGCCUACCCCAGUGUGUUCUGUUGUCUCACAAGACUUUCUCUUCAUGGGGUUUGUUUUAUCGAGUUGGAUAUGCACCAUCUCCUGUUUGACUGCUGCACACAACUGAAGCAUCUAAGCCUCCAUUAUUGUGAUGCCGGUCGCCGCUCUGUGUGGAAGAUAGAUGCACCAAACUCAAAACUCAGUGUUCUGCAAAUCGACACAUGUUGCUUUGAGAGAAUUGAUUUGGUCUGCCUUCCAGAACUGGAGAAGCUCCAUUGGGAUACUUGGGUGUCCGAAUAUAUCCCCUUGUCGUUUGGCGAUGUCCCGUCUCUUGGGGAACUAAAACUCUCAUCUGCUUUAACAUAUUAUAAUACAGUAUUUAAAUUAAGUGAGCUUCUACAUGGAACCACAAGCAUACAUACUCUGACAUUGGAUUUCCAAGGAGAAAACCUUUGGAUCCAACCUGAAAUGAAGCAACUCUACACCGCAUUCAACAAGCUAAGGAAGCUGACUUUGCGUGGUAUCUUUGUUGAAUUUGACAUUAUAUGGACAACAGCCUUCCUUGAGGCGGCACCCUCCUUGGAAAUAUUAAUUAUUGAGGCAUGGGACCAUGCAUGCAGCGCAUUUGUGAACGAUGAGGAAAGAAGGUCGGUAUUUGCAGAAAGGAAAAAUCCUCAGUGGGAGAUGGACUUCCAUUGCUCCAAGAACGGGCUACUGAAAGAGCUCCAGUUUGUCGGCUUUAGAUCGCUAGAACAGCAGUUUGCGUUUAUAAGAGCCUUGCUGGACCGAGCUCCCAACUUGCAGGCGAUACUUCUCAAAGGAGCUGAGCAAUGCAAGUACUGCGAUGCCCUUGAGACCAAGUCGUGUUGUUCAACAGAGUCUUCCUUUCCAAAGAGUGAGGAUGAGCAAGAACUGGUGGCGAGGCGAAUCACAGAUGGCAAAUCCUCACCCCGGGUGAUUUUCCAUGAAUGAUCGUUUCCCUUGGGGAUGAGCCUUAUGUAACGUUCUACUCCCUCCGUUCUGAAUUACUUGUCGCAGGUAUGGAUGUAUCUACAUGUAUUUUAGUUCUAGAUACAUUCAUUUCUGCGACGAGUAAUUUGGAACGGAGGGAGUGUAUGUUAGUCAAACAGUUGCAUCAAUUCUGGAGCUGUUAUGUACCAGCAAAUAAUGUAUUCUUUUUCUUUUCUAUUGAGAAUUGCAAAUAAGCCUACCUGACU